AAGUAAAUGAAACCGUGAAAACGAUCAGCAAUGCAUUUGGAAAAGUAGGGUUACGCAAUAAUGACUUAUUAUUAUCAGGCAUCUUGGAUAUAGAAUCUUUAGAUGCUAAGAAUUCGCCAAUCAAAGAAGCACUAAUAAUGAGAAACUUAUGGUCUGACGUUAAAGAAACCAUAAAAAUCAAACUAUUACCUGAUGGAUUAAAAGAAUUCAUUAAUGAACAUGUGAAAACCGGUGAUGCUGUAUUACCAGCUUACAAUAAAGAUUUAUAUCGCAGAACUCGAUGUUUAAUAGAUGCAAUGGAUUCGGUCCCAAGUAAAGCAACUUUGGAAAGGAAUGAUUCAAAAGGUCCCAUUAAAAUGAACGAUAUUUUUGGCAUUUAUGAAAGUGAAGAUCUCUUUAAUCUCGAGCUUUUAUUAGGAGAAGUUUCCAAUGGUCCUUUUAAUCAAACAUCUAAAGCCCAAAAACAUAUUAAAGAUGACAAAUCGAAGUUAUCUAAAUGUGGCAAAGAUGCUUUGGACCAUAUGAUAAAAAAAUAUAUGAGAUCUCAAAAGUGUAACACAGAAAAUUUGAAAAAUCUUAAAGUUUUCUUAUUACAUGCGCAUGGGACCUCUUUGGAUUUAUUCAUCGUUGAUAGAAACAUUGUGCCAUUUUCUCGGUUAAGGAAAUUAAAGAAUGUCAAAAUUCCAUAUAAGAGUAAUUCAACAAAUGAAUUGGUUGAAUUAAUUCGUGCAUUAUACACGUUUAGUAUUCUUAUUGAAAAGAAUCUAGAGCUUAUAAAGUCCAUUGAGAAGGAAUGUAAAAGCUUAUGUCAAAAUACAAUUCAUGAAAGUAGCGAUGGGAAUGAUGAGAGUAGUGAACAACUAGAAACAUAUUUAGACAAAUUUAAUGAAAGAGGAGGAACUGCGAUAGUGUAUAAAGCAACCCUACAAAGAAAGAAAUAUGCAUUGAAAAAUUUAAAUAGUAACCCGUUUAUGAAUUAUAAUUCGUUUAAGAAGUCAAGACGUUAG